UUCCAGGAGAGCGGCUUCCUCCCCCCCCUGGGCUGUUCCGGAUAAGAAGCCUCCCUCUUCCGCCCCUCUGAUCCUCUUAUCAGCGAGUAAGCGGCCAAGAUGGAUGUUGUAAACCAGCUGGUGGCCCAAGGGCAGUUCACGGUAAUCAAACAACCACUGGGAUUUAUAAAGAUUCUACAAUGGAUAUUUGCAAUCUUCGCCUUCUCAACAUGUGGCAGCUACUCCGGCAUGUUCAAGAUGAGCGUGGAGUGUAAAAACCGAUCAGAAAGUGACCUAGGCAUAGAAGUAGAAUUUGAAUAUCCAUUCAGGCUUCAUCAGGUUUACUUCGAUGCCCCCACCUGUAAGGAAGGGAACCGGGAACGUUUGUUCCUGAUCGGGGACUACUCCUCUUCAGCUGAGUUCUUUGUCACCAUCGGUGUCUUUUCCUUCCUCUACUCCAUGGCAGCCCUCUCUGUGUAUUGUUUUAUUCUGGAGAAGUACCGCGAAAACAACAAAGGGGCCCGCAUUGACUUAGUGGUGACAGGCGUGUUUGCCUUCAUGUGGCUGGUGUCUUCAUGUGCUUGGGCCAAAGGCCUCUCUGAUGUGAAAACAGCCACUGACCCAGAGAAGGUCAUCAAUUUAAUCGAAGCGUGUGACGAACCAGCAAAUCGCUGUCGUGAGAUCUACGACCCCAAAGUGUCCGGCCUCAACACCUCUGUGGCUUUCGGAUUCAUCAACUUGAUCCUGUGGAUUGGAAACUUGUGGUUCGUCUUUAAGGAGACCGGCUUGAUGGCCGCGUUUGCCGGAACCUACGUUCCAUCACAAGAGAAGCAGCCCGCUCCUGACUCCUUCGAGCAGGGAGGAUACGGACAGCAGGACCCCUACGCGGGCUCCCAGGGGGGAUAUCAGCCUGAAUACGGCCAGCAGGGAGGCUACGAGGAGGGAGGUUACAACCAGGGCUACGAGCAGCAGCCCACCUCCUUCUCCAAUCAAAUGUAAAAACCUGCCCUGCCGAAGACCAGCUGCAGGGUGGGUGAUCUUGCGAUUUUGGAGUGCAGUUUUCAGCCACCACCUGCGUUUCCACACUCCUCUGUUUGUCUGUUUGUGUAUCUGUGAGUCAGCAGGCGGAUUGAGGGAGGCAUGGAGGGCAUACACUCGCGGAGCUGGGGGCAAGGGUCACCUUCCAUGGAAUAAGAUGUAGGGGCGGGGGGGGGCUUUGGG